AUGAAGGGCAGCAGCCGCCGAAGGCUGGGCCAACGCGUCUUCACAGAGCAGGUUCGAGAGUGCCGGGACAAGGGCUACCUGCUGUCCUCCAAGAAGAUCGGCUCUGGUGCCUUCUCCAAAGUCUACCUGGCCCGCGCCACGCCGGAGAGGAUCCAGCAUAACGCCAAGCUGUCUGCCGACCUUCAGGACAAGCACCAUGCCAUGGUGGCCAUCAAGAUCGUGUCCACAGCUGAGGCACCCGCGGAAUUCUCCAGAAAGUUCCUCCCCCGGGAGAUCUCAUCCCUCAAUGCCACCUACAAGCACCUGAACGUGGUGCAGCUGUACGAGACUUACCAGAACAGCCAGCGCUCCUACCUGGUGCUGGAGCUGGCUGCCCGAGGGGACCUGCUGGAGCACAUCAAUUCCGUGUCAGCCCGCCGCUGCUGUCCCGGGCUGGAGGAAGACGAGGCCCGCAGGCUAUUCAGGCAGCUGGUCAGUGCUGUGGCCCACUGCCACAGCUCAGGCAUUGUGCACCGGGACCUGAAGUGUGAGAACAUCCUGUUGGAUGAGCAAGGUCUCCUAAAGCUAACUGACUUCGGCUUUGCCAACUGCUCUGGACUCAAAAACGCGCUGCUAAGCACCUUCUGUGGCUCAGUAGCCUACACGGCGCCCGAGAUCCUCAUGAGCAAGAAGUACGCAGGGGAGCGGGCCGACCUGUGGAGUCUAGGCGUCAUCCUCUACGCCAUGGUGACUGGGAAGCUGCCCUUCAAAGAGCGCCAGCCCCACCGCAUGCUACACCUGAUGCGCCGAGGGCCCACCUUCCGCCAGGGUCUGUCCUCUGAGUGCCAGGACCUGAUCCGCGGCCUGCUUCAGCUCCGCCCAGACGCCCGCCUCGACUUGCAGCAGGUGGCCGCGCACCGCUGGAUGCUGCCCUUCGCGCCUGCGCUCUUCUGCAAUGUGCUGGGCACCGCGCCAGAGGAACCUAAGUUCCCGACCGCCCUGGAUGAAGUUCCGCGUCUUAAGGACCCGGAGCCCUUGGGGACUCUCGUGCAGCUGCAGCGUCCCCAAAGGCCAGGCGCCCACCACGAUCGCACAUCGGAACCGACGCCUGCCUUCGGGGCGCCCAGGCUGCUGCAGGCCCACCUGAGAUGCAGCGUGGCCUCCCCAGGAGUGGGCUUUCGGCGCCCAGGCGCGGCCAGCUGUUCCCAGCAACCCCUGUCGCUUUGUUCCAUCUCUGCUGCCCCCAAAGAGGCGAGGCACUGCCAGGUCAAGUGA